GGCCGUGGCCGCCGCAGCUGGGUACUACAAUAUUCAGCAUCCCAGCUUUCAAGGGCAACCCGUCGCUCGGUUUCUGCCCGCAUGUGAUCACCAUGGCAUCUAUUGCAGACGCCUGUUGUCGACUCGAUCUGUUGCAACGUCCACAGGGGGCCAAUGCCAGAAGCAGCGCAGAGCACUCGUCAUGGCUUCAAGGCACUUACAUGCCCGCUCCAGCACUUGUGCGCCAGGAGUAUCCGGAGCAGCAGCAAGACAGAGUGGCUUGCUGCCAGCCUCUAAUACUUACGAACCGCUGACUGGGCGCGGCAGGGACAGGUCACACAAGAUCGAUGGCACACGCUCAGACAUAUUGCUUGACAGCAGGAUCACUCGCAUUGUAGUGGUACAUGCAGCUUCGAAAGACAAACGAGGCGACGCGAGGCGACGAAGCCAGCGAAUCCCACAAACGUUUCCUUCCGUCCCAUACCUGCGACCGGGCCAGCUCAUACUGGAGUUGGAAAACGCGAACACCCGGCUACUGGUCAAGUCCUCCAUUGACUCCGGUGGUACUGUCAUCUCCGUCUGUAUAAUACAUGGUAUAACUGUGGGCAAAAUCAAUCCAGCGGCGCAGCUUCCAAUACUACAAAUACAGUGACCACUGCCGGGAAAGAGUGUUCUUUUGUGUCCAGAUGCAGGAUGACUUCGACAGGCAGUGGUGCGUCUCUUCUUGUUGCGGGAAAGACCUCCGGCCAGAGGUUCCCGGGAGCACAUGGGGUGUCAAACAACCGCACAGAUCCUCCGCGGUGGACGGACCCAUGCAUAUCUGGCGAGCACUGGGAUUCGUGCAGGCCAGACUAUCAUUCACAGGGCCUUUGCGACCCGAGACGCUUGAUGCAAUCUGCACAUUUGAUUUCGCUUGGCGAGAGAGCAUCGGUCGUGUGCGGGUUCCUGACGGUGCACCCGUCUUUCCUCCAAGUUUCGGAAACCUUCAAGGCAUGCAGCAUGGCGCUGACGAGGACUUGUGUCCAGGGGUCGUCCAGGAAUGCCUCGGCGACCUUCUCGGCGACUAGCAUUGUGGAUUGCUCUGCCUCCGUUCCCGGCGUCGAGAGAGCUGCAAGGCCCGAGAGGAUGAAGACGGCCUUCAUCCUCAUGCUCCAGAGAGUACUGCGGAGCAUUUCCGAGAGGGUCGACGGUUUCGUCACAAGCUCGAUCCGCUCGAUAACCACUGCCAGCAGGAGACAGGCCAGAUUCCAUCGAAUCCCGAGGUUGAUCGUGCACGAGGAAUCGCAGAUACUCAGCGGAUCGGACGACAGGCCGCCGUACCGCUUGUUGCCGUGAUGGUACACGUCGAUGGCCUCGAGGAUGCAUGCCUCCAGCUCAGACUGCGGCCGCCGGCGGAAGAGGAGGGCUUGAAGCUGCGUGACCUUGCGAAAGAGCAACAUUGUGAUAGGAGCGCCUUCUUCCCCCAGGCGAGACUGGCAAUCUAUGAGCUGUCUCCCAUCAUCGGUUUUGAUCACCUUGACUUGUUUCACCUGCAGGCGGGAAAGUUCCCACAGCCCAGACGGCUGCUCGGCAGGCGUUCCUGGUGUCUGCUCGCCGAGGAUGAUGGCACAGUCUUCAUCGUGUAUCAGCACCGGCCGGCCGUCGACCGCGGAUGAGAUGGUGUCGAGGAGGAGGCCCAGGCUGAAGAAGGAUCUCAGGUAUUGCUGCCCCGCGGCAGUCGCAACAAAGCCCGUGGCUGGGGUGUCUUUGACCUGCCGCAUCAACUGGAAGAGAUCGGAAAUCCCACGCCUGAUGAAUCGGUUGCCUACUUUGCGGCUGUCCUGGCGCGGAAAGGAGAUUCCCGAUGGCGCCUCGGCGGCAAAACUCUCGUCGUACUCGGGCGCGGGGGAAUGGAUCAUCCCCAGGAUCAAGUUGGCCAGGAUGACCUGGAAGGACAGGAUAUCGGGGCUGUUGUCGAUGGAUGCUUUGGCUUUGACCCAGAACUCCGGGCGGCAGCCGUUGUCGUGUCCGUACUUCGGCUCCCACCUGCCGGACCUUGGGUCGAUGCCCUGACUCCCGAACGCGGCGAUCGCCGUCUUCAACACGGUCCAGGCGCUCUCCUGGUGCCAAGAUAUCAAAUCGGCGUCGAGCCGUUGCGCCAUCUCCAUCAACGAAGGCGGCUUGACUUCUGGGGGCGACGGGGCCUGUCCAUCGCCCGACACGGUGCUGGCAGGGUCGGGGUAAGGAAGCGAACUCAGCCUAGCGAUCCACCAUCGCAUGGGGCCCUCAAAACGGCGCGAAUAGUUCUGGAAGAGGGCACUGUGAAUUCGAGAUUGGGGUUGUCCGCGGGAAGGAUCAGCGGGCGGCGGUGACCAGAGGAUGCUAGUGGGAAAGCUGGCUUGUUCGUGGCCAAGAAACAUUUCGUCCGGGGAUGUGGACCAAGACGGAGCAGGACCAGGACCAGAAGCAUUUCCGCUCGCACGAUUGCCGAACCCUAGCCAGCCGAGUGUUAGCCAAGACCCUGCUACCUGCACGUGUUUGAUAUUUCGGGGACGAAGACGACGACGGCGAACUCACGUCUACUACAUUCUUCGCCAAGGGUGGCACAGUUGAAACACGGUGUACCCAGGGAACAGUCGACAUCCCGCUCCGCACAAGCAAUGCAUCUCGCCAUUUUGCCACGCUUGGGCAUGGACGCCCGUGAGCGGUUUCGACACCAGUCUUGAUGCUCGCGCCACACUUCCCUGCGACCCAAUUAGCGACAUGUGUUCUUUUGAAAGGGCCAAUGCUGGGUGUCUCCCACCUGCGCCUGAACGUUUUGGGACAAAAGCCACAGGCGAACUUUGUGUUUUUCGAAUCUGGCAGCUUGUCAGUGGGUUCGGAGGGCCGCCACAAGGAGAGAGGCACCGACGGGCUCGGAGAUGACGCAGCAUAUCCUCGCGUCUCCCGUACGACAUUCCACAUGUAGGGCAGGUCGACCUUCUCUUGUCACCAGCAGCGUGAGAAGCUGGUUUGGUGGUGGUAUGAUCGCCGACGGGAUGAGUGGGAUUGAUGCGGCUCUGCCAUUCUGGAUCAGGAGCGAAGCAGUUGCUGAACCUAAGCCCGGGUGAUUGGUCGAGUUGCUUGGGUGGCGGGCUGGGGCGGCGAAGAUUCAUGACCACCUGGUCAAUCAUCGGGGGCGAGGUGAAGAUCAUGGGGCGGUACGUGUCUCCGGUAUAGAGGCUGAAGCCAUUCUGGGGAUUGGGGACAAUUCUCAUGACCACUUUGUCGAUGAUGGGUUCGUUCGGGGGAGGCGAGGAGCUGGGGGCAUCGCGAAUGGACAGGGGGCUUUCGUAGAAGGCCUGGUUGGGGAGUUGAUCUUGAGCAGCAAAGCAGUCGAAGGGAGCAAAGAAAUCGUCUGCUGCCGUGGGAAAGCCAAAGGAGAGGGGUGAGUAGCUACUCGGGUCCAUAUAGAUUCUGGGUUGUUAGAGGGAGCAGAUAUCGAGAGUGUUGUAGACUGCGACCUACGAAGGCGCGAAAGGCCAUGUUUAAGGCGAGAGGGAGAAAACAAUGUGGGGAGGGGGGAGGGAGGCAGCAAAGAGCACGACCGCAUGUGCAGGUACAAGCUCAGGCUCGUUCCCGUUGGGCCAAGGUGCAUUGGGACUGUGAGAGGUGGUCUGGUCUCACGAGUGACUACUGGGACUAAGGACGAAUGCAACGGGCGUGUCGUGGGUGGGACGUGAUAGGAGCACCAGGCGUAGCCAGAGCCAGAGCCAGUCUCUCUCGUGCAGAGGAGAGGCAGCGACAUGUCGAGAGCAUCAGGCUAUCGGGCCAACAGUCGAACAGGCGAACAGGUGAACAGGCGAGGAGACCAACAAGCGAGCGAGCCAACAUUCCAGACGGGCGCGCCACUUUCGCAUGGUGGAGCUGGACCAGAUGAUAGAGGAUAAGGCGUGGAGAGUAUGAGCCGUGGUUGGCCUAGACGGUCAGCGACGGUCAGCCUAUCUGGCCGGUUCAGGACCAGCGUGGGCUUGGCAUUCCUGGGUGAGGCUAGACUGGACGUGCAAGGGGGACAAGCAC